AUGGAAUCCCUGACCCAAACGCAAUGGGAUUUGGUGAUUGAAGGUACUGGAUUGAAGCAUUCAUUGCUUGCCUUAGCCCUCUCGCGUUCAAAUAAGAACAUAUUACACGUGGAUGGUAACGAAUAUUAUGGAGAAGAUGAAGCAGCCUUUAGUCUGCAAGAAACAGACGCGUGGGUGAAGCGGACGCAUUCGCAGAGCACAAGCUUCAGCAAUGCCUCCGCAACAUACAAUCCUAUUCUCAGGGAGAAGUUAAGCUUCUCGAGAGCAUACAAUCUUACCCUUUCACCACAAAUAAUAUACACGCGAUCACCACUCCUCUCCACCCUCGUAUCUUCGAAAGUCUACAAACAACUCGAAUUCCAAGCUGUCGGUGGUUGGUUCUUAUAUGACGAUGCAGCACUGAAACGUCUGCCAUCAGGUCGAGAAGAUAUCUUUCAAGAUAACAGUAUCGAUAAUCGCGCCAAGCGAUCGCUGAUGAAAUUCUUGAAAUUUGUCGUGGAUUAUGAGAAUCAAGUUGACGUCUGGCAACACAAGUCUGAGAUGGGAUUGUCGCAAUUUCUCCAGGACGAUUUCAAACUUCCUCGGGAUUUGCAGACACUCAUUGGAGCUUUGACACUGUCAUUCGAUACACUUGAGAUUACAAAGGUGGGGUAUGCGCUACCGAGAAUCCAAAGACAUCUGACGUCAAGUGGCGUCUUUGGACCUGGAUUUGGAGCUGUCGUACCUAAAUGGGGUGGUGGUGCUGAAAUUGCUCAAGUCGCGUGUAGAGCUGGUGCAGUGGGUGGUGGGGUGUAUGUUCUGGGAACUGGCAUCCGAAAUGUCAAAAGAUUUGAAGAUGGAGGUGCCACUACACAUCAUGAAGUCGAGCUAUCGAACAAUGAGAAGGUGAAAACCAAAAUGAUGUCUCGAGUCAACAACGACGCGCCUCCCGUUUCAAUACGGGUUGCCAAAACUAUGGCCAUCGUGUCGUCGCCUUUGGGAUCAAUCUUCACUAGUACAGUGGAAGGUUCUCCCACCUCUGCCGUAUCUGUGGUUGUUUUUUCAGCGAAAAUGAUAUCGGCGUCUGAUUAUGUCCAAGAUUAUCCAGUAUAUAUCAUGGCUCACUCCAGCGAGACAGGUGAAUGUCCUGCAGGUCAAUGUAUCCUUUACACUACCACCCUCCUUUCCGAAUCUUCGACACCGCAGACUGGGAAAUUCCUUCUAGAUGAAGUCAUUUCGAAGUUUCUCGAUACGGCAGAGGGUGAUGGCGGACAAGUGCUUUACAGCGCAUAUUAUGAGCAACAAGGGAGCAAGGAGCAACUAGAUCUCGCCUUCAAUGAUCAAGUUUUGAGGGAUGUCGAGGAGGAGUGGAAGAGGGUUUCUGGUGGAGAUGAAGAAACUUCAUUCAUGAUAUUCGAGGAACGGAACGGAAUGGGUGAUGAUGACGAGAGCGGAGAAUAUUGA